AUGGCCAAGCUCACUCUGCUCGCCGGCCUGGCCCUGCUGCUGAACGCCCAGCUCGUUUGGGAAAGAGCUGAGCAGGAAGAGGAGGGGAGAAAUGUGAGAGGAAAAUUAACUGGCUUCAUCUUCUGGUACGAGAUCGCCGAGCUGGGCAAGUACCUGGAUUACAUCCACGUCAUGACCUACGACUUCCACGGACCCUGGGACGGCUCCACGGGCGAGAACAGCCCCCUGUUCGACAGCGGCAGCACCUUCAGCGUUGAAUACGCCAUGAACUACUGGAAGAACAACGGCGCCCCAGCUCAGAAGCUGCUGGUGGGAUUCCCAACCUAUGGAAAGAGCUUCACCCUGCAGAGCCCAUCCAACACCGCCAUCGGCGCCCCCAGCUCCGGGCCCGGCCCCGCAGGACCCUACACCAGGGAGGCCGGGCUCCUGGCUUACUACGAGAUCUGCACCUUCCUGAGCUCUGGAGCCACCCAGGCUUGGGAUGCCCCCGAGGAUGUCCCCUACGCCUACAAGGGCAGCGAGUGGGUCGGCUACGGCAACGUCAAGAGCUUUGGCCUCAAGGUGGACUGGCUGAAGAAGAACAACUUUGGAGGAGCCAUGGUGUGGACCAUCGACCUGGAUGACUUCACUGGCACCUUCUGCCACCAAGGCAAAUACCCCCUGAUCUCCAGCCUGAAGAGGGGCCUGGGGCUGUGA